AGACUGAGUGUGAGCGUCUCACCAGCCAGGAUGACAGGAGGAGUCAGGACUGCAUAGGCUGCAGUGCUGGGAGAGAAGAAAGUGUGUGUUUGUGUGUGAGUGUGUGUGGGAGUGGGAGUGUGUGUAUGUGUGUGUGUGUGUGUGUGUGUCUGUGUCUGUCUGUCUGGGCGGACUCCCGCUGUAAUGGUGCCCCAUGUGUGACUGUGCUGACCGCGACAGCCAUCCUGUCCACGGCGGAGACUUUCUCAGCAUGCAGAUGGUGUGAGCAGUCAGGGGAAAAGUUUCUAACAGCUCGUCUGAGCGUCAGCUAACUCAAUCCACUCUGUACACACUGAGGCGGCUCUGGAGGGAGGCAGGCAGCGGCGGCAGCAGCAGCAGCUGAGCUGGACUACAACUUCAGCUCGUCUCAGCCCAGGAUUUCCGUUGAUUGAUUGAUUACCUGUCACUGGAUUGGAUACAACCAUUGUGCAUCCCCACACGUCAGAGCUGAGGGAUACAACAAGGCUGUUUAUUUGGAAGACUCGAGUCGCUGUAAUGGACGACCAGUGUGUGUCCCACAGCAGCCCCCAGCGCGGCGGAGGUCCGGCCAGCACAGAGAUCCAGGGACGGCCGAGCGUCGUCAGGUGCGGGUGGCUCCGGAAACAAGGGGGCUUUGUCAAGACUUGGCACAGUCGCUGGUUUGUUCUGCGAGGGGAUCAGCUCCAGUAUUACAAGGACGAGGAGGAGACCAAAGCCCUGGGAACCAUUUUCUUACCUGGAAACAAAGUGUCAGAGCAUCCGACCAGCGGCGACGAUGGAGGGAAAUUUCUCUUCGAGGUCAUUCCAGGGGGAGACAGAGAGCGGAUGACAGCCAACCAUGAGACCUACCUUCUUAUGGCCAGCACCCAGAAUGACAUGGAGGAUUGGGUGAAGACGAUCCGCAGGGUCAUCUGGGCUCCUUUCGGUGGAGGGAUCUUUGGUCAGAAGUUGGAGGAGACGGUGCGGUAUGAACGCCGGUUCGGGAACAAGCUCGCCCCUAUGCUGGUGGAGCAGUGCGUGGAUUUCAUCCGGCAGUGGGGCCUUCGGGAGGAGGGUCUGUUCAGACUGCCGGGACAGGCCAACCUGGUCAAAGAGCUGCAGGAUGCCUUCGACUGUGGAGAGAAACCCUCCUUUGACUGCAACACAGACGUGCAUACCGUCGCCUCUCUCCUGAAGCUGUAUCUCAGAGAGCUGCCGGAGCCCGUCAUCCCCUUCCACAAGUAUGAAGAGUUCCUGGCCUGUGCUAAGCUUCUCAGCAAAGAUGAUGAAAUGGGUUUGAAGGAGUUGAGAAAGCUCGUUGAAUGUCUACCUCCAGUGAACUACAACCUUCUCAAGUACAUCUGCAGAUUUCUAGAUGAAGUCCAGUCAUAUUCAGGAGUGAAUAAAAUGAGCGUCCAAAACUUGGCCACAGUGUUUGGGCCGAAUAUCUUGAGGCCGAAGGUCGAGGAUCCAGUUGCUAUAAUGGAAGGUACGGUCCUGGUCCAGCAGCUCAUGGCUGUUUUGAUUGGCCGCCAUGAUGUGCUAUUCCCUCCGAACGAGGACAGCCCCACGGCCCUGGAGCUCGUCAACAACAACAACAUCGACCUACAGCGGCGACAAGCCACCACAACUACCUCCGGCAUCACUACGGUGUCUCAGAACGCCGAGAACAACAACACGCAGGUGGUGCGGCAGUGCGCUUGGGAAGCACCUGAAUCUCCUUCGCACCGCCAACACGUAGACAACAGUGGCUCCCCGAGAUCGGCAAGCCCUCGCAAUGGCGUCAUUGGACGCUUUGACAUCACCCGCAGCCCUCCGCUGACGGUUAAAAAGAAUCCGGCUUUCAGUAAAGGCAGUGGGAUUGUAACAAACGGCUCGUUCAGCUCCUCACCUUCUUCAGACCCCAGUCAAGAAAAGAGCCAGACGUUGACUGGAGGUGGGAGUUUACCGGUGCGGCGCAGUGGGACGCUCAAGGGCUCCGGCACAAAAAUGGGCACCGGUGGCGUGACGAGCGGAAGCAGCAUCGGAGGGAACGGGACUGUCCGUAUGGGCAUCUCCGGCGCCGACGUCGUCACAGGGAGUCUGAACGGCCGUAACGGUCACUGGGUACAAAAUGGCUGCGUCACGUUACGCGAGAACAGCAAAACGCGUGACGGCUCCAACGGGGAUCAAAUAACCAACCAGAACCGUCUGUCCACGUACGACAACGUCCAUUUAAACCAUCAGAACCUGCAGCAGCAGAACCACAUCACCAACACGUGUCUGAACAGCAGCUGCGAGGACAAGCAGAGCGUCGACAGCGCCACCUGGUCCACCUCCUCCUGUGAAAUCUCCCUCCCCGACAACUCCACUUCCUGUCGCUCCUCCACCACCACCUGCCCCGAGCAGGACUUCUACGGAGGUCACUACGAGGACCUGGACGGACCAACGCAGGACAACGAGCCUCCCCAGUCCAGCGGAGGCAGCGGUGGAGAGGGGGAGGGCAGAAACAGCAACAGAGAGGGGAGCGGUGACGGAGCCGGGAGGAGCAGUCGGGGCACCAGCAGCAGUGACAACAGCGAGGGUUACACUGUUGGUAACGGACCCGGCAGCCACAGCGCUCUGCACAGUCUAGUGGCCAGUCUCAAACAAGAGAUGCACAAGCAGAAGACCGAGUACGAGGCCAGGAUAAAGAGCUUGGAGCAGCGUAACCUGGAGCUGGAGACCGAAAUGGUGAACCUCCACGAGGAGCUGGACCAGGAGAGGAAGAAGUACACCAUGGCGGAGAUCAAGCUGCGCAACGCCGAGCGCGCCAAGGACGACGCCGAGCGCCGGAACCAGAUGCUGCAGAAGGAGAUGGAACAGUUUUUCUCCACGUUUAGCGACCUCACUGCAACCGGCGCCGCCACGGCCACAGACCCCCGCCGGCCAGAUCGCAACAACCCCAUCUGGAUACAGUGAAGACCGGAGAAUGGUUUAUUAUGAUGCGAACAUUAUGACGAGGGGCUCCAAACAGGAUUUGGCUGCUGGUUGGUGGAGGGAGAGUUUGGAAGUUGCACUGCGAAGGUUAAAGAACGUGUGUUUUAAUUUAAUAGAGUAAGAGGAGGAGGCCGCCUGUGUACAUGUAGACAUCACCUGGAGUGAUGCCAGACUGACAUUAUCUGUAAAUACAGCGUUUAUUUAAACAGCUCUCAUCAUGACCGGGAGGUGGAGUAAAGGCACAGUACACCAUAAUCUAUUAUUAUCAUUUCACUUUAGCUCCAAGAGGGAGGGGAGACAAACAAUUAAAAAAAAAAGUUGUAUUCAGAAAAGAGGAAAAAAAGACACCAAACCUCCUUAUUUUAAUCUAACCAAAAACAUCUUAUUGUUUCAUGUAUCUGCAUAUGUACAUAGGUGGAGAACAUGCAGACCAACACAGUGUCAUGUGUAUGUACAAAGAAAAUGAGAAGUUAAAUGUUUAUCUGAUAUUUAAGCAAAGUUAUCAAUGUGUGAUAUUUUAUAUUUUUCUUUCCUUGCACACGUUCGUUUAGUCUCUGCAAGGAUGGUACUGAAUGUUCUGUCAGUCGAUGUGUGUACCGUUUUAAAAAAAAUAAUAAUAAUGGACAGUAUACUGUGUAUGUGCCUGUGCUUCUGUGCUGUUUCAUUUACCCCCCAUGACCACAAAAAAAAAAAAGAGCCUGUAUUGUAAAUAUUUUCUAGAUGAUCGUAGACACUACUUGUUAGUCUGCACUGUGGUUUCAGACGGAUGUGGCACGAGUUGAGUUGACACUGAUUGAGGAAUGUUUUGAAAACUGAAUUUUUAAAGACUUGCAUGACGGGUCAUUGGCAUAAAUCCCAGAGGAAAAAUUUAAACGUCUGUCAUGAAUUCAGAAUUUUAUCAGGUGAUGAGUUGUACUCUCCCCCAGCUGUCGUCACGCUGUAAACGUUCUUGGGAAUCGCAGUUUACAGGCUGCCUCUGUUGUCUUUUUGACAUUUUUUAAAAAAUUUUUCCACCUGACACACGUGGUUUACAUCCUAAACUAGUGCAGAGUAACGAGCCGCAGCGACAGAACAUGGACACAGAGUUGUGUUUCUGGGUCAUAACUGUGAAAAAAAAAAAAAAUGGGAUAACAGCAUCGACACUGAGGACAUUAACAGCCUGGUUGAAAGAUUCAGAAGUGGUGUGUGUGCAUGACGGUGCAUGAGCCCAUUAGUGGGCGGUGUACAAUAAGUGAAUGUCUGUAAAGUGACUACACAUGGAUGAAGUGUAUUUAUGUAGCUUUAAACCAAACG